UACUCGUGUUCUUCACAUAUCUCGUAAGUUUAUUCUACUCUCAAGAGCUCUGUAUACCAAGACGUUGCGACGCUGUCAAGUUGCCAAUCUUACAUCGGACCCCUCCCCGCUCGUCGCAAAAAUAUACUUGCGCAAGAAACCACAAUAACUAACCGAAGACAUUUUUUAAAGAAAAAAUCAGCAAAAAUGAAGCACCUCGCAGCUUACCUUCUUCUCGGCCUUGCCGGCAACGCCUCUCCCUCCGCUUCCGACAUCAAGGAGGUCCUCGACUCCGUCGGUAUCGAGGCUGAUGAUGACCGUCUCGAGACUCUCAUCUCCGAGCUCAAGGGCAAGGACAUCAACGAGUUGAUCGCUGAGGGCUCAAGCAAGCUCGCCUCCGUUCCCUCUGGUGGUUCCGGUGGUGGCGCUGCUGCUGGCGGUGCCGCCGCUGGUGGUGCUGCCGCUGCCGAGGAGAAGGAGGAAGAGAAGGAAGAGGAGAAGGAGGAAUCCGACGACGACAUGGGAUUCGGUCUCUUCGACUAAACGGAUUUCGUACGUGUUUAACGCAACGAAAUCAUGGGUUUCUGGGGGAGUGGCACAAAAAUGGGCUGUGGCGGUCUUGCAUGGUUUUCGGCGCGCAACGGUAUGCGUUUGACCGAUUAGGGUAUCCAGAAAUGGUUAAGGCAAAGGCGAAUACAGUCCUACUUCUCCAGAUGACUAUGCGCAUCCUCUCUCCGGGAAUUGAUAUGGUGAAAUUUGCUCGUGAUAUCCUGAAAAUGCUUUGAUGAAUGCUGACUUUAUGAAUGUUAUAUUUAUAUUAGGUAUGUUGGUGUACAUUGUCUACAGGUUUUGAAAUCGUUACAAGGUUAAAUAAGC